ACUUUAUUUUAACACGAUGUGUAACACGAUGAGCCUUGAGCUUUAUUUUAUACAGUAAAAAUCGGAUCUUGUCGAUGUGGUAGCAAGUGAGUGAAACUGCAAUAAGAAAUAAUUUUUGUCCCACAUCGAACCGUAAGAAAAAAGCAUAAACUAGCUUUCGUUUACCCACAUCGGACUUGUGUUCUCUUCUUCUUCUUCUUCUUCUGUCGGAAAAGGGCUUCUGAUCCUUUAUUUCGGAAUUAAAAAUCUCUAAUUUCUUCACUCCUUUAUCUCGAUUUCGCAAGGAUCAAUUGAUGGAGAAACUGAAGGAGGCUUUGAGUUUUAUCUGCUCAUAUAGUUUCUUGAGGAUGGCUUUGUUUUGGCACACUGCCCUCCUUUUUUCUUACUUUCAAUUGCUUAAAAGUAGUCUCUUUCGCUCUAAAUCAAGUUCCUCUUCUUCUUGCUCUACUCAUUCAUUGACUACUAAUUCACACAGACCUGUUUGUGUUAUCACUGGUGCUACUUCGGGCCUUGGUAAGGCUACUGCGUUUAAGCUUUCCAAGAAAGGGUUCUACGUUGUUCUUGUUGGACGGUCCUCCCACUUAUUAUCAAAGACAUUGAGUGAAAUUAAGAUGGAGAAUGAGGAUGCACAACUCAAAGCUUUUGAAGUUGACUUGUCGUCUUUUCAAUCAGUUUCCAAGUUUAGAAACUCUCUAGAGCAAUGGCUUUUAGAAUCUGAUUUACAUUCUUCGAUACAAUUGUUGGUGAACAAUGCUGGAAUACUAGCAGCAUCAAGCCGGCCAACCGUUGAAGGCUUUGACAGGAUGAUUGCUACAAAUUAUGUUGGCCCUUUCUCUUUGACCAAACUUCUCUUACCCCUCCUGAGAAACAGCCCUGUGCCUUCACGAGUCGUGAAUGUUACAUCUUUUACACAUCGUGCUGUUUUUGCUGGAAGGUUUGACAUGGAUUCUGUUACUGGAGUAAACUUUUCGAAAUCAAAGCAGUAUCCUUGUGCUACGAUCUAUGAGUAUUCUAAAUUAUGCCUUCUACUCUUCUCGUAUGAGCUGCAUAGACAGCUUCACCUCAUGGAUGAUUCUCAUCACAUCUCUGUUGCAGCGGUAGAUCCAGGAGCAGUAAAUACAAACAUAACGCAUGAGCUUCCUUCAUAUAUACAAGUCAUGGCGUUUUGGGGUCUCAAGAUUCUUGGACUCAUGCAGUCCUCAGAGGAUGCAGCUGAAUCUGUCAUUGAUGCUGCUUUAGCUCCACCUGAAGUAUCAGGCAAAUAUUUCUUUGGAGGAAAGGGCAGGACCAUUGAAUCUUCAGCGCUUUCCUGUGAACCAAAACUGGCUAAGGAACUCUGGGACACAUCAUGUCUCAUAUUCAACGAACUGCAACAAACUUACACUGGAUAAUCAAAAUCAUCUGUAUACAUUUGUCUUAGUUUUGGCUAAUUACGUAAUCCUAGGAUACAAACUUCAAAUUACUGUUCAAGUUUCUUACUGUAAUCAAAAAACUUGUUGUCAAUUUUUGAGCCAUCCAAAUAAAAGUGUGAUUAGACCAA